AUUCGCAGAGAUUCUCCGAAGAAGCGAGAGAAAUGGGAGAAGAGGCGGUGAGAGAGAUCCCUCUCGCAGCUGAAUCCGAUACCACAAUCCCCACCGCCGCGACCGUCGCCGGAACCCUACGGGAGAAGGUAUCCGGCGACGUCGAUCGGUUCAACGACGACGACGACAAAGAAGAAGGAGGAGGAGAAAAUGAGGAUACAAAGAAGAAGAAUAAGAAGAAGGAGGCGGCGGAGGCCGUUCUCCGGCCGCCGCCGCACUUACCUCAGCCGGAGGCGCCGCCGGGGAUGGCGAGGUCGGCGUCGAUCUCCCACGAGGAGCACCGCCCGAUCCAACGGUCCGCGUCCGCCCAAUCCCCUUCCGCCGUCGACGUGGCCUCCAUCGGCCGCUUCCUCCGCGACCGCGGCUCCUCCUUCUCCGCCGCCAUCGCCCGCCGCAUCUCCUCCCUCUCCGGCGACGACGACGACGACCCCCACCCCCGCUCCCCGGCGCCGGUGACCGAGUUCCACCUCUCCGGCGUCAAGGUCAUCGUCCGCGUCAAGGACGCCGAAGCCGACGCCGACGACGACGACGAAUCGGAGGGCGGGGAUCGGCCAGCGCCGGCGCCGUUCCCGAUCAAGGGCCGGAUCAGCUUCUUCUCGCGAUCGGGGUGCCGCGACUGCGGCGCGGUGCGAUCGUUCCUGCGCGGGAGGGGGCUCCCCUACGUGGAGAUCAACGUGGACGUGUUCCCGGAGCGGGAGCGGGAGCUGAUCGAGCGGUCGGGGGCCCGCCACGUGCCGCAGAUCUUCCUGAACGAGAAGCUUCUAGGAGGUCUCGUGGCGCUCAACUCGCUGCGCAACAGCGGGGAGUUCGAGCGGAGGGUGCGGGAUUCGGUGGGCACGCAGCGGUGCCCCGAGAGCGCCCCGAGUGCUCCGGUGUACGGAUUCGACGGCGAGGAUGACGACGCGCGGGGGAACGGACGGACGGAUGCCAUGGUGGGGGUGGUGCGGGUGCUGCGGCAGCGGCUCCCGAUUCAGGACCGGUUCGCGAGGAUGAAGCUCGUGCGGAACUGCUUCGCGGGCGCCGACUUGGUCGAGGCCAUCAUCCACCACCUCGAUUGCGGCAGGAAAAAGGCGGUGGAAAUUGGGAAAGAGCUUUCGAGGAAGCACUUCAUUCACCAUGUAUUCAGAGAAAAUGAUUUUGAAGAUGGAAACAACCACUUCUACCGGUUCCUCGAGCACGACCCGGCCAUUCCAAAGUGCUUCAAUUUCAGAGGAUCAACCAACGACGACGAGCCCAAGUCGGCGGCCGAGGUGGGGCGGAGGCUUACCAACCUAAUGGUAGCCAUACUUGAGGCCUAUGCUUCUGAUGAUAGGCUACAUUUAGACUAUGCUCGUAUCGGCGCCAGCGAGGAGUUCCGGAGAUAUGUAAAUCUGGUCCAAGAUCUGCAAAGGAUAGACCUCUUCGCCCUUUCGCCAGAAGAGAGGAUGGCCUUCUUCUUGAAUCUUCACAAUGCCAUGGUCAUCCAUGCCGUAGCAAGGGUCGGCCGUUCCGGAGUCAUCGAUAGGAGAGCCUUCUUCACCGACUUCCAAUACAUAAUCGGCGGCUAUCCUUACUCCCUUUCCACUAUCAAGAACGGCAUCCUACGAUCGAACCGAAGGCAACCUUACUUUCUGAUCAAGCCUUUCAGUUCAGUUGAUAGGAGAUUGGAGUUGGCUCUCGAAAAGGUGAACCCGCUGAUCCAUUUCGGACUGUGCAACGGUACCCGGUCGAGUCCGGCGGUCCGCUUCUUCUCCCCCCAAGGGGUUGAGGUCGAGCUGCGACAUGCCGCGAGGGAGUUCCUCCUCAAUGGCGGCAUGGAGGUCGAUCUCGAGAAGAGAACAGUGUAUCUCACCAGAAUCAUCAAAUGGUAUAGCGCCGAUUUUGGUCAAGAUAGAGAUCUUCUCAAGUGGAUUUUGAACUACUUGGAUGCAACAAAAGCUGGGCUCUUGACUCAUCUAAUGAACGACGGCGGUCUGAUAACCAUAUCCUAUCAAAACUUCGAUUGGUCCCUGAACUCCUGAAAGGAGAAUUUUUUCUAUUUCACGAUCCCCUCGUGCGCAUAUCGCACAAGUUAUAAAAUAUUUUUGAUGAAGUUCCUAAACUUUAUACAUGUCGAAGAUUAGUUGCAGAAUCAGAAAGAAUCAAAUAGCAUACAAAAAGUUAGCUUGAGAAAUAUGUUGUAUAUAUAAUAAUACCAUGAACUUGUUGAGUGAUUGCUUAUAGGAGUGUAUGGGUGAUGGUUGUUGAUGCCAUUAGCUGCAAGGUGCCUCUUGGCAAAAGCUUAAUAGAGCGCAUAACAAUUUGCAGUAUGGUUUGUCACACACAAUAUCUGUUCCUUAAUUUCUCUACAAGGUUUAUUUUUGAUAUC